GCAGUGUAUACACUCAAUCAAAAAAGUUGCCUUGCUUUUCAACACAAAACUGUGAAGUCCGGCUUUGCCAGUGUUUCAAAAUGUCGCACAGUUUCCGUCUGCUUUUACCGCUCUUGCUCACCUGCCUCGUCGCCGCCUCUUCGCUCGGCUUGGGUGCAGAGCUGACCUCACCUUCGAUCAUUUCUCCAAACAAGAAGGACAACACCAAAGUUACCCUCACCGUCCGCAGUGGGCGCGUGUCCAUCCCGCUGCAAUGGGAGGACGACAAGGAGGUGUUCUUCGAGUACACGGGGCGCUUUUACGAAACCGACGACAGCGGCCCGCUGCUGCCGGGUCCGACGCUGAGGGUGAACCCUGGUGGCAAGAUUGUCCUAACACUCGUGAAUGGGCUCGGCAAGGAGGAGGCAGAGAACGCGACGAUGCUCAUGAACGCGUUCCACGGGCCGAACAUCACAAACAUGCACUUCCACGGCAUGCACAGCGACCCCAAGAAGGACGACCCCUUCACGGUGUACCACCCCGGUGAGUCGCACGUGUACAAGAUCUCAGUGCCGCGCGACCACGAACCGGGCCUGCACUGGUACCACGCCCAUUCGCACGGCGCCACGUACUACCAGAUUAUGGGCGGCCUGUUCGGCGGCAUCGACGUGGGCGAGGGCGACUUCCUGACCUCCCCGGUCCACCCCUUCCGCGGGUGGGACUCGCAGCUGCUCAUGGUUCACCUGUACCGCCUCGGCGCCUCGCACCGGUGCGACGGGCUGCCGCUAGCCACGAUGGACGCGGAGAUGAGCUCGCUGCUGCCGUCGAACCCGCAGUUCGUGGACCCCAAGGGCAAUACGUACGACAUGCCGUCCGACCUGUUCCUUGUGAACGGCCAGCACCGCCCCACCGUGACGGUGCACCGCGAUCGCCCGAUGCUCCUGCGCAUGGCCUUCGCUGCUGGGUCGUGCUUCCUGAACAUCUCGCUGCCGAAGCAGUGCGACUUCCACGUGACAGCGAUCGACGGCGUGCAGCUGCGCCGCACUCGCGAGGUGGUGGAUCACUGGCAGUACUUCGCUACUGCGACCCGUCGCGAGCUCGCGGUUGUGUGUCGCGAGGAAGGCACGUUUCCCGUGCACCACACCGACAAGGACUCCGACAUCGUCUUCUACAUCAAGUCGGAGGAGCCGAAGAAGGAUGACCCCGUCGACGUGACCUUCCCUGUCACGAUGCCGAAGUACGCGCCGGAUUAUCUCCAUUUGAAGGGCCGCAAGAAGUUUUCGCGCGAUAUCACGCUUUCGCAGGAGGGCCUUCCGGAUCCAAAGCCGUUCUACGUUUUGGGGCAAGGCACGGAUUGCCACUCGCUGCCAAAUUCGUCGUCCUGUUACGUCGAAAGCUUCCAGGGUCGGAUCGGAAGUCGUCUGGAGGGCUUCCGCGGCUUCAUGGUACCUUUGCAUACUGUCGUGACAGCGCGUUUGUUUGGCGAUCCGACGGACAAGCGUCCUCACCCCUUCCACUUUCACGUCAACCACUUCCAGUUCCUUUCCUUUGAGCCGCGUGUGGGCGGGCAGCACGAGAACCAGACGAUGGAGAUGUACGGCGUGCUCAGCGGCGACUACCGCGACACAAUCCCGAUCCUGGACGGCGUGACGAUGAUCCGGUGGCAGGCGUCGACGUACACCGGCGAGGUUGCGUACCACUGCCACGCCCUGCACCACGAGGACCGCGGCAUGAUGUCGUCGUAUCUCGUCUACUCCCCGUUGGAUGAAAAUGGGAAAGCAAUUGCAGGGAGGCUAAACGAGGCGUCUCAUUGGCUGCAUCGCUCGCACGUUUACAUUCUGCUGUUUGUCCUCGCACUUGCAUCUGCGGCGGCGCUGGCGUGGCGAAUGCUGCACCACCGCAGGAUGAGUGAUUUGGCCGACGUGCAGCAGACCAUCGACGUUCACGCGGGCAACGGCUCUCCCGGUGAGAGCAUCCCGCUCAUCCCUCGACCCGCGUAA